UAGACGAAAAGGAUACCUGAGGCAGAAGCCUUAAGGCAGAAGCAAAUAUAAACCGUGUAGACUCGACCCUUGGCUCGCCGCCGGAACACGUCUCUCCCGCGGCCGAUCCUCUCCAUCCGCUCGCCGCGCCGCAAUCCGGAGAGGAGACUGCGCUCGGUCGAGCACCACCUGAGGCCCAGCGUCCUCGCGAGUCGCGACCAGCUCCGGCGCGGCGUCCGCUCUCUGCAGCCCCGGUGUCCCCGCGACCGUCGCUGCUGUCCUACUAAGCCACGUGCCACCUUGGCCGGCGACGAGCACCACCAGGACACCAGAUUUCUCUGUACGAUGAGCUGGAGAUUUCCUCUUUUCGGCAGCUCUCAGCAGCAGCAAACAGAUCCAAAUUUCCAGGACAUCCCUACGCAGUCUUGGUACCCUCCCUCUGUGGUAGGUUCAUCUUCACGCCCAUCCACCCCUACCUCUUCUAGUGGUAGUCCACAUCAACGAGCUUCAGAUAAUCCACAGUCUUCAUCCCGUGGGCAACCAUCUCCUGCUGAGGCUGCAGGGAUAAUUGCCCGUUUGAAGGAUAAGAGUAUUGAGGAGUUACAGAGGAUAUUGAAAGACAAAGAGGCAUAUAAUGCAUUCUUUAACUCACUUGAUCAAGUGAAAACCCAGAACAAUGUGCGAGAUGAGCUUAGAAAGGAGACAUUGCAACUUGCAAGGGAAAAUUUAGAAAAGGAGCAGCGGAUUUUGGAGCUUAGGAAUCAGUGCACAAUAAUUAGAACCACAGAACUGGCUGCUGCUCAAGACCAGCUAACUGAUUUGGAGAGGCAAAAGGAUGAUAUUAUGCGGUCCUAUUCCCCUGCCGCACUGCUCGACAAGCUCCAAACAUCAAUGGCAAAGCUGGACGAGGAGUCUGAGGAGUUGCACCAGAAGUUCCUGGAGAAAGACAUCGACCUUGCAACCUUUGUGCAGAAGUACAAGAAGCUCCGCACGGCUUACCACAAGCAGGCGUUGCUCCAUCUAGCUGGCCAGACAUCACUACGCUGACAUCCGGCCCGGCGUCGUGUCAAACUUUGUUGUAUUCCGGCUCGCCUGUUCUUGUUCUACAUACACUCUGCUUGGCCAUGUUUUAUGAGCACAGCGUAUUGUGUAGGGCUUUGCCAAACAUCAGCGGAGAUCGCAUGUAUAGUUAUACUAUGCCUUGCAAAAACGUCUUGCCUACUCUGCCCUGGUAUAGUGGUUGUUUACCUGCCGAGUGACCAAGUUGGAUUUAUUUGCGGUAACUAGACACUUAGCCUGAUUUGUUCAUUGAUAAUAAAGAUUUGGUAUGCUUGAUGUUUC